AUGGCUCCUCGCAAGGGCAUUGAUUCCCCCGUGACGCGCUCGCGAGACCGCGUUCUGCCUGGCGGACCUGGACCUGGACCUGGACCCGGACCCAACGCCAGGAUCGCCAAACCUGCACGCUCCAAAUUCAAGCCCAAGCGGCCUCCCGGACGCCCCUUCAAGAUGCCGGCCCGAAGCGGCUCCUCGCAGUCCCAGUCCCAGUCCCGAUCGGCAAGCUCCAGCCAGCCUUCGGCCGCCCCGAGCGCCGCGUUGACGCCGGCCCCGCGCGCGUUGUCCAUGCUCGAAGCCCUGCCGGUGGAGGUCCUUGAGCAGAUCUUCCUCUACUCCUUGAACCUGAACCUCCCACGCGCCUCGCCCGUCAUCGCUGCGGCAGUUUCGAGGGAACAGAUAUAUAGUCUCCUGAUCAUCCUCGCCUUUUGGGAUGAUCCGCCAACCCACCGGCGCAGCGACGCCAUGAAUCGCAUCCUCACACCGCUGGACUAUGUGCCCCUCACGCUGGACCAGCGUGGCCAGCUGCAGGAGGCGGUUCUUCGCUGCCGGUGGUGCACGAUGGCGCGUGUGCGCGAGCAGAUACCCACGAUCAUGAUCCUCACCAUCCACCGGCAAUGGAUCAACAUGGGCAUCACGAUGGAACCGGCGCAGCAAGCCGCCCUGGAUAGGUUCAUGCAGCGCCAGGACGAUACGAUCCGCACCUUCCACGGCCAAGGACCGCCCCUUACUCGGGCCGCGCAGCUAUGCCAGCACCCGGAGAUGCUGCGCCUGUCGCGCAUUCCCGGCCCACAUGACUACGAGCUACACAUCACGCCUAUGGUGCUCGUAGAACUCCGCGCGCGCACGAUGAAGUCUAUCGUCGCCUGGCCGGCCCUGUCCCUCAUUAAAUUCCCCGACCACCUCCUCCGUGGCCGCAGGACAGGUUUUACGCCAGAUGACGUGAUGUACCUCGAGAUGCUGCGCAUGUGCUCGAACAACUACACGCACAUUGAUUCUCCGCUCAUCCCCUCAACCACGACGACCGUCAACCGCACUGCGCUGCACGAGGGUGUGGGCAAAGCCAUCCGCACGCAGAACUACAACGCGCUCCUCUCCCUCCUCAAGAUCGACGAGUACAUCUUCCGCUUCAACGCGGUCAAUCAAGCCCGCCCGGUCUUUUACACAAUCCCCUCCGACCAUUUCCUGACCGUGACACGGGUCGGACGCGACAAGCCCCAUCUGAACGCAGCAUUUAUGGAAGCUCUCAUCCGCGCAAGCGCCGAAUCAAUCCCGCCCAAUGCCCCCGAGAUCCUCGAAUGGACACUCGAGAACGUGCGUCUCACGCAGCGCCAUCCAAGCUCUUAUAACGACAUCAAUGGCAAGCUGGCGCACUGGCUGUCGAACUUUGUGCUGCGGCUGCCAGAGCAACUGGACUAUACAUCCGAGUUCCCGCAAGGCCAGCUGUUUACUUGUGGCCAGCUGGAUCCGCUGGAUUUGGAGGCGUGCCGCUUUAUUGAGGAGGUGCUUGAGCCGUGGCGCGGGCCGCCGCCUAAUUAUAUGCCCGAAUCGCAAUUUCGCACUGAGGAUUGGUGGGUGGAGAAGAGCGGCUUGUCUAAGAAAUGA